AUGGCAAGAACCAAGCAGACCGCCCGUAAGUCCACUGGUGGCAAAGCACCCAGGAAGCAGCUCGUCACUAAGGCUGCUCGCAAGAGCGCCCCGGCUACCGGCGGCGUGAAGAAGCCUCACCGUCCCGGCACCGUGGCUCUGAGGGAGAUCCGCCGUUAUCGGAAGUCUACUGAGCUGCUUAUCCGCAAGCUGCCCUUCCAGCGCCUGGUGAGAGAAAUCGCUCAGGAUUUCAAGACCGACUUACGUUUCCAGAGCUCGGCCGUCAUGGCCUUGGAUACAGAGCUCUUAUAUUUAUCUGUCUACUCGAGUGGGGGUUCAAUCUUCAACUGGCUGGCAGGAGCUGCCACAGGCAGGUCACGUGAUCCGCCAACCAGACAAUGGCAGGUCAAGUGA